AUCAAGCUUUUGAAUAUUAACAUUUUAUAUUAAUUUUAUUAAAUCGGAGGAAUUUAUUCAAAAAUGGCUAAAACAGUGAAUUAUGGUGAUAUGAAUUUCGCGUUAAAGAAUGGUAUCAACAUGCCGGCCGUGGGAUUGGGCACAUAUCGGCUGAACACUCAGGAACUUAUGUUCCAAACCAUAGAUUACGCCCUGUCGUCAGGCUACCGCCUUUUUGAUACUGCCCCUGAUUACGGGAAUGAGAAGCUUAUGCGAGAGGCAUUUAAGCAAUUGCUUCCGAAGUAUGGCUUGACUCGCAAAGAGCUGUUCAUUACUUCAAAGUUGUCGGUGCAUUCAAGGGGAAGUAGUUUCAUUUCUAAAGCCUUCGAGAGAUCCCUAGAAAAUUUAGGCUUGGAUUACAUCGACAUGUACCUUAUCCAUUUCCCUGGCCCUCCGAACUCUGAUUCGAGGAGCAUGAAAAAUGAAUCGAUACGCGCGGAGACUUGGAUGGCAAUCGCCAAGCUCUACGACGAGCAUAAAGUACACGCAAUUGGCGUGUCGAACUUUACGCUCAGACACUUGAUGCAGCUUACAGAGGUCAUGGCCAUUGGUCCAAUGGUCAACCAGAUUGAAUGGCAUCCAUACUACUAUCAACUCGAGAUGUUGCAAUACUGCUGUGACCAUAAUAUCCGCCUGCAAGCAUACUGCUCUUUUGGCGGCUUAUCGCGUGGCCACAAGGCAUUGAUUGAAGACCCAGUCGUGAAAAAAAUUGCUACCAUUUACGAUACUACAACAGCUCAAGUUUUAUUGAUAUGGGCUCUGCAGCGCGGAGUUGCCGUCAUUCCGAAAUCUACAAAUUACUAUCACUUGCAGCAGAACAAGUCUCUAAAUUUUAGUCUAUCCGAGGGGGAUGUCGCGGCUCUCGACGCUCUCAGCAUGAAGAACCGAAAAUACGCCUGGAACCGGACUGGGAUUGCCUGAAUGGCAAAGCUGUAUCCUGAUAUUUUCUUGGAAAUAUCAGGGAUACUGCUCCCGAUUAAAAGUGUCAUAAACUUUCCUCCGUGGUUUUUGUUUAAGGUACCACACCGUAUGACAGUGAUACCCAUGUUUUGAACACAAGUUUUUAAAUGUUGCUUGUGUUUGUUCAUGAAACGAUGUUGCGGAUAUGAAAAUUUUAAGAUUGCUAUUUAAAUGUCUAUCAUAUCGAAGUAACUUGAAUAUCUUAUUGUGCUUACUGUGUAGCCUCGAUGUGUCAAUGUAUAGGAUUAAGUGGUUGGUGAUGUUGAGUUGUGUUACGUCUCAGUUCACUUCUAAAUACUGAUACUGAUACUAAUUCCUGUUUCUUUAUAUCGAAAUGUAAUUUAUCUAUUCCGCCUACUAAGACAUUUCUCAUGUGAUACAUUUUAAAAACUUAUUCUUAUAUAAACUUAAUUUUAAAAAUUCGACCAAAUCUUG